AUGCACAGGAAGUGUGUGGUACCGUUGCUCUGCGUUGCCCUCCUCGCGAAUUGUGGCGUCGUUUUAGCGCUCGACCAAGCGGGCGGAGGUGCCCCCAGACUGAGAUCACUCACGGCCGAUACCGAAGCUAACGACAACGACGAUGGAGAGAGAGCAGGCUUGCCUAAAGUCUCAAACCGACCCGAGCGAUGUGUUCAAGACUUUGCGUCUUGGCGAGGCUAG